GGCCGGAAGGGGGCGACACGAGGCCGGAAGUGGCGGGGCGGACGGGCUGGUAGCAGCAUGGCGGAUGCCGGGGAGAGAGGCGAUGCGGUGCCGCGGUACCGGAACGGCUUCCAUCCCGACACGUGGGAGCAGGAGCUGGAGGCCAUCCCUAUGUUUAUGAAGAGCUGCCCUGCCGAGAUCGACGCGUCGCGGCAGCCCGCCCUGGCCUGCCUGCAGUCCCUGCUGUUCGACGAGGAGAAGGAGCCCGCAGAGCUAGCCGCCAUGUACAAGAACGAAGGGAACGCGUACUUCGGGGAGAAGGACUACGGCAGGGCCGUGCGGGCCUACAGCGAGGGGCUGCGGCAGCGCUUCGGAGACGUGGAACUACGAGCCGUGCUGCUGUCCAACAGGGCGGCCGCGCACUGCCGCCUGGGUAACUACCGCUCUGCUCUCACUGAUGCAACCCAAGCAAGGAAGCUGAAGCCUGACCACCUCAAAGCCAUUGUGAGGGGAGCUCUCUGUCACAUGGAGCUAAAGAACUACUCUGAAGCCAUAGCGUGGUGUGAGGAGGGCUUGCGAAUAGAUUCAAAAGAGAAAAAGCUUCUGGAAGUGAGAUCUAAAGCUGACAAAUUAAAGCGAGUUGAGGAGAGGGAUGCAAGAAAGGCAAAGGCGAUGGCGAAGAAAGAACAGAAUCAAAAGGAGCGUUUGCUUGCAGCAAUAAAGGAAAGAAAUAUCAAGCUGGUUGUUGAACCUUCAAGUGAAGAAGAAGAAAUAUCAGGUAGUCUGGCUGAGAUAUGUCUGAAUGGUUUCCACUCUGACAGUGCCACAGGGGCAAAGGUGCACUUAGAUGCUGAUGGCAACCUAAACUGGCCUGUUCUCUUCCUGUACCCUGAGCAUGAACAAACAGACUUCAUCGAGGCUUUUCAUGAGAACUCCAGGUUUAUCGAUCAUUUAAUGGUGAUGUUUGCUGAGUUACCUCCUUGGGAUUUAGAAAGAAAGUACCUUCCCAGCAAUCUCCAGCUCUAUUUUGAAGAUGAAGAAAGAGCAGAAAUGUAUGAGCUGAACCCAGCACACACAUUGCUACAAGUGCUGCAGCACCAAAGGUAUUUUGUAAAGGCGGGGACUCCGACAGUGCUGGCUUUUGUGAAGAGUUCUCCCUUCUCUAAGAAGUAUUUCAGUGGCAAGAAGGUGCAUCGGCUGUAAUGAGCAAGAAGGAACCGAGGAAUCAUGUGCAAGGGCUUGCUGUUUUAUCUCGGCUGCAGACAGCAAACUUCUGCUUGCACAGAAAUGCCUUGCACGCUUCAGGGGAGAAAUAGUCUUGGCACACACAGAAACUUCCAGCAAAGAAGCGUAGAAGGAGAAUGAAGGGCUUACAAGAGGGGAUUAUUUGUUUAAAUAGAAAUCCAGCUGGCUUGCAGAAGGUCUCCUCUAUGACAGGCUGCAUGGGGCUUUGAAAUAAACCUGAAACAGUGCCAGACAUUGGCUGCAGCUGAAGCAACAGCAGCUGGGAAUGUACUUACCUGUGAAAAAUCGCUGAUUUCCUGCGAGGAGGGCUGUAGUUGCCAGGGUUUAAUAGCAGUGCUCUGGGGUGAGUUACCUGCCUGCUGCCACGAGCUGAGUGCAGCUGGGCUCCUGCAUGGGCCAUUGCAGCUCUGAGGAUUAGCAGCAGCUGGUUUUCACUGCUCAGAGCUGCUGCUGGCCAGGGGAGAGCAGAGCUCUUUGUCUGGAGCAGCGUGUUUUACUGACUCUUUUGCUACCUAUAUAAACUGGAGCUAGACAUGUCUAUUUUAAGCAGGCUGAUUCCUGUCUAAUAAAUGAGGUGAUCCUUUCUUCUCACCAUAUGAAAUACUGAAAGUGAAUUCUGACAGUAAUUCUGAGCUCGAACAUAACAGUUUUAUCCAUCCGGUUAACUUGUAGUGCCAACAUACAGCAUCAUCUGUGCUUCUGUAGGAGCUUGUAAUUAAAAAUAAUUCUAACUCUAAUUUCUUUCUCCCUGAGCUGCCCUGGUGAGCAGUGGCUGCAGUCUUAAGAACAGUAAGUGCACAGAGCAACAGAAAAGCUCUUCAGCCAUAAAAACUUCUGCUUACAGCAUGGAGGAUUAUUCUCUGUCCAGUGCUGCGUUCAGGCAGCUCUAAAAAAGUAAACAGAAUUCCAUGUUGCUAUUUCUGAGUUACUGCACUGUGCACAAAUAUAGUAAAAAAUAUCAACAGGGUUGCUUUGCAGCCACACUCACAAGGUAGGGAGGUGGGCAGUCAGUAGGACAGACUUGGCUCAGUGCAGGUCAAGCAGCAGUGUUGCAGAGCAAGGAUACGGUAUGGGAUGAGCUGGUGGCACACGUGCAGGACUUGCACCCAGCCUGACCUCCUGUGGCUGCCUUCCAUGGGGUGCAUGGCUGUCAUGGCAUUGGAGAUGGCCUGUCCAAACUCUUGCAUGUUCAGCAUGGAGGCAGCAAUGAAAAAAAAGAUGGUGAUGAUCUACAAGAGGAAGAGAGCCUGCUGUAAGCAGCUGCUGUGUGUGGUUUCUUCCCCCACCCCUCUUACAUG